UGGCAAAAAUUUUCAUUUCUAUGCAUCAAAUAGAGGCAGUGUUUUAUUUUUCAUUCUUAGGUGCCUAACUUUCUAAGAGCCCAGGCACCCCCAACAUCUAAUGUGUAAUAGGUAACCUAACGAGUGUGAAAAGCGAAGACACUUGAAAGUGGAAGUAGAGAACUAAGGACGGAGGAGCCCUGUGACCAACACGAGAGCGAUUAACCUGUAGAUGAGGAGCAAAGAGACCUCACAGGCUGGACAGUGGCUGCACUGCCACCCCACCCUCACCCUUCGCCCUUCGGACCUGUGGACGUUGGGGAGGGGGAGGGGCACAGCGAGAGGUCAGAGACCUCAUCUCGGACAAUUGGCUGUGCGGGCCGGUCUAGGAUGCUCGUGCUUCCGCCGGAACGCUGCCCCUCCCUGCCGGCCUCGCGCGGGGCACCCUGGGAGCCGCGGGAAUGACAGAUGCGGGGCGGGGCGGUGUUGCGUCGGGUUCGGCUGACAACGGAGACGCGCCUCUCCUACGUCCCGGCUCCCCUAAGCCUCUUUCCUCCCAGCCUUUCACCGUUUCGCGCUCGUUGGAGGGUCCCGCCUCUUCCCCCCCGGCCGCACCAUCCAGGGCCCUCCGUGCCCUCAAGCCCCGCCUCUUACGGAAGCCGAGGUGGAGAGUCAGAAUCCGGAAGGAAAACAAUCGGGCGAGACAUACAUGUUGUGACGUGGAACGUGGCCUCUGCAGCACCUCCCCUAGACCUCAGUGAUCUUCUUCAGCUGAACAAAGACAACCUGAAUCUGGACAUGUAUGUCAUUGGUUUGCAGGAGAUGAACUGUGGGAUCAUGAGCCUCCUUUCUGACACUGCCUUCGAAGACCCAUGGAGCGGUUUCUUCAUGGAUGUGCUUUCCCCUCUGAGCUUCGUCAAGGUCUCCAGUGUCCGCAUGCAGGGGCUCCUCUUACUGUUCUUUGCCAAGCAUCAGCAUUUGCCCUUUGUCCAGAUCCUCUCUACUAAAUCCACCCCCACUGGCCUCUUCGGGUACUGGGGGAACAAAGGGGGCAUCAACAUCUGCCUGAAGCUUUAUGGCUACUAUGUCAGCAUCGUCAACUGCCACCUGCCCCCCCACAUGGCUAACAAUGACCAGCGGCUAGAGCACUUUGACCGGAUCCUAGAGAUGCAAAAUUUUGAGGGACAGGAUAUCCCCAACAUCCUGGACCAUGACCUCAUUCUCUGGUUUGGAGACAUGAACUUUCGGAUCGAUGACUUUGGGCUGCAUUUUGUCCGGGAAUCCAUAAAAAAUCAGCGCUACAGUGACUUGUGGGAGAAGGAUCAGCUCAGCAUUGCCAAGAGACACGAUCCACUGCUCCGGGAAUUCCAGGAGGGCCCCCUGCUCUUCCCACCCACCUACAAGUUUGAUAAGAACUCCAACAACUAUGACACCAGUGAAAAAAAACGCAAGCCUGCAUGGACCGACCGCAUCCUGUGGAGGUUGAAGCGGCAGCCCCGGGCCGACCCCCACACCCAGAGGCUGCUGGCCCCCCGCUUCUGCCUGUCUCUGAGGAGCUAUGUCAGCCACAUGAUGUACUGCAUCAGUGACCAUAAGCCUGUCACCAGCACCUUUGACUUGGAGCUGAAGCCAUUGGUGUCUGCCCCAGUGGUCACCCUGAUACCCGAGGGGCUGUGGACCAUGGAGAACGACAUGUUGAUCAGCUACUCCUUGACCCCGGACUUUCUCAGCAGCCCCUGGGACUGGAUUGGACUAUACAAGGUCGGGCUUCGCCACAUAAAUGACUACGUGUCCUAUGUCUGGGUUAGGGACAACCAGGUCUCCUUCAGCGAUGGGCUGAGCCAGGUAUACUUCAAUACCAGUGAUAUCCCUGAGACUGAGGACCAGUUUCUCCUCUGUUACUAUAGCAACAAUCUACAUUCUGUGGUGGGGAUAAGCAAACCCUUCAAGAUCCAGCCUGGCUCCUUCUUGGCGCAGGACCCACUGGGUGAAGCCCAACCACAUAUCUGAGCCUGGAUGAGAGUGGAUCCAGGGCGGAGGCCAGAGCUGGCAGCCAGCUCUGUCCACCACUGCCAGGAGCGCUGGGGACCCGGCCCAGCCUCCAGAGGAGGCAGCAGGUAUCCUCCACCUCCCAGGGGGAGCUCCAGCCACACUCCUUUGCUCUCUCCAGUCCAGAUCUCUAGAAUUGGCCACUUAAAUACAGGUUUUUGUUGCUGAGAUCUGAGUGAAACCAGCUAGUCUGUCAAUAGUGAAGACCUGGGACAGUCCACUGGAUGUGGGAAGGACCCUCCAGCCUAUAUCUCGUUUCUUGAUUUUCCCCAUACACACUCCCAGUCCCGCCCAGGCAGGCCUGCCAGGCACAUGCCCCAUCUGGCACAGGCCUGCAUUCUUGUCACGCCAUCCUGGGCCUCAGGCUGCCUGGGAGGGGGGGAUGCUCACAUUUGCACAGGCACCAUAGACUGGUUGGCACAAGCAGCUCUGGGUUCCAAGAGUCUUGGCAUCUCAUUGCCUUUCCCCCUGGGGGAUGGGCAGAGGGUUUGGGAUCCCUGCUUUUAGCAAAAGCAAUUAGACUGAGUGGGCAGGAUGGAGGGGCCCUUCCACCUGGGCUCUUACGUAGGUGUUGUGGACGGGAUGAUGCGUGUCGUCCCAGCACCCCUGCCCCCAUGCAGUCUGACCCAGAAAGUUCAAGGGCCUGAGCAAAGGAUUGGACCCAGGUUCACUUGUGCUGGUGGGUCAGGCUCCAUGCCCUAACCUGCCCUCUUGUGAAGGGUUGGCAGGUAGUAGAGGAACUGUGGCCACAGACUCUUCCAGGGUGUUUCUUGUCCAGUCGAGCUCUUCUGCUCCUACCCUUGCCUCCUACGCUCCUCCCUGGCCAGAAACCUGCCUUCUCUGUAGACUGCCCUAGCCCCUAGAAGUAGAGGCAGGCAAAGAAGAGAGCCAGAAUCCAGACAUUUCUGAAAUCUGGCCUUGAGGGUCUUCAGAGAGCAUUCUCUAGGUGCUGUGUGGGCACUCAGUCCCACUCCCGCCACUUGCCUCCAGCUACUGGUGAUUCAACGGCCCUUGUCCUAGGAGAAGACACCUCAGGGAAUCUGCUCUGUGAUUGUCACGCCCAUCCUAUGACCUGAGACUGAGGGACACUCCAGUCACUCUGUGAUCCAUACUCAACUGUGGGAGCCAUGUGUACCAUCAAGAACUGUCCCCCUGGCCUGUGGCUGUGUUCUGUGUCUGUUGUGGUGGGGGAUAAUUAGAAACGUGGCUUUUA